CAUCAUUGUGAGUAAAAGGAAAAAAAGAAAAUAAAAAAUAUUUAUUCUUUAAAACCUAAAAAAAACAGUGAACAAAUCCAAAAACGUUAUAUCUCUGCUGCACUUAGGGUUACAAAUUUGUUGUUUUGUAUACAACAUAAAGCGUUGUUCUCUUCAUAGAAAUCUGCCGUUUGAUUGCCAGCUUAGUACUUGCCUAAGAUCAUAGAUAACACUCAAUGAAUUUUUGUAAUUACAAUUCAAUGGAGCUUAAACUGACACAUUUAAAAUGUCGACAAAUGUUAUGGAUUAUUUAACUGUCAGGCAUACCAGGUUCAUUUUGCUUAGUGGGUCAACAAAUUUUCACUCGUUUGCCAAGGAGAUUCACCAUUUUAUUUGGAAAAAAUUAUACAAAUAGUGAACCCCCUUUUAUCAGAGUGCUUUUCACAUAAAGGCUUACUAGACAAACAAAUUCCCCAUCAAAUAAAUUUAACUCAAUUGCCCAAACAUUCCCCAAUGGCUGAGCGUUGAUUGUAGAUUGUUGUUGAUGUCGUUAUUAUUGUUGUUGAGGUUUACGUGUAAACUUUUAUCUGCGCUUAGAUUUUUGACAUACAAAUUUAUUGUUUAUGCCCAUGAUAGCAACAAAGAACAUGCAAUUUUGUAAUUAUUAAUUUUACGGUCUGUUUGAGCUUACCAACUAUACGUGUGAAUUUGAAGAGUUUGUUUGGCGAAAAGCUGGUAAGAGUUCCUAGCAAAAGUGCAGCGCCUAACUGUUGAUCAUUUCCGCUCAGUUUUGGCCAAAAAAACUGUCCAACUGUGUCGGAGGUCGCUGAACUUUUUUAGCGGCCCAAGUUGCGUGUUUGUUUAGGCCCGAAAAUCCCACCGUCGCUUUAUUGCGGUUAUUGACUUUCAACUCAUUCCGCUGCUUCGUCUUCAUCUCUUUUAUCUGUUUGGCCCACACACACACACACACACACACAGUCUUGUCCAUCAACGUUCUGGGCCUAAUUUCCUUUUCGGUUUUGGGUGUGUUCGCCACCUGUAAAAAAAUAUAUGGGAAAAGAAGGAACAGAAAUUAACAUAAUCAAAUUUACUUUUUACGCUGCGAACACGUUUCGUGUCCAAAAUAAGAAAAAGUGAAGACCAUUUUUUAAUUUCGGUGUCAGUCGGCGCAAUGCCCAAACGAAUGGCAUUGAAGUAUUGACAGACUGAAGGUUAUUUUCACCUGCCAAUCGACUUGACAAGGGGAGCUCAAUAGUGGUCUAUGCCACGAGUGCUGAUCUAAAAAAGUUCGUGAUAUGCUCUACAGCCAAUAAUUUGUUUGAUUGAGAAGGGUUAUAUUUAAUUUUAUAAAUCUAGAAAUAGGUAUUCACAGCUAUUAACAAUUUACAAUUUACAUUGCUUUUCACUUGAAAUCCUUGGUUAUACAUUUGCCAAUUUGUACUUUAAAAUAAGUUGGAUAAUAUAAUGUUAUCUAUUAUCUUUCCAUACACAAUGCCCUUGAGAUCUAAGCCUUCCAUAACAUUUUUGAAGUUUUCCUUAAAUUCGACCCCUUUUCCAAAUUUAACGUAUUCGCCAUAAGAUGAGCUCGCAUCACAAGAAUUGUGCCCUUGUAGCACAGUUUCCGUGGAAAUCUAAGAUGGUUUCGUUCUGCGAUCGAAAGCCUUCUAGAUCUAGAUGUCUUUCCCAUGGCCAAUGUCUUUGGCUACAGAGAAACCAAUUGGAAAUCCAGCAAUUGGCCAAACUGGUUGGAUCACACCCCGAGGACAUAGAUGGCUUCCUUUUCGAACUCAGUCUGCAGAACUACAAUCGUCAAUUAAAUCCCAAGGGCUGCGGUUGGAAUGCCUGCAAUGUGCCCCUUUGUUAUCCAUACAUCUGUGAUCGGUACAUGAGCAUCUUUGAUCACCGAGGUAAUUUAAGGAGUCCCAGCCAAUCAAAUAGUCUUCGGAGAAUACUUCCGUUACUGCUGGAUUACUUAAAUGGCAAUUCGCCUGAAGCCCAAAAGGAUUCACCAAUUUACAAAGCGUGUCCUGACGGCCAUCGAGCGAACCGCCAUCCAAAGGUUUUGAGCUAUGAUUCAGAAUCCAACGAUGAGGAAAGUCUUAACCCUAUAGAUUGGAGCUUGGGUCCUUCAAACAGUUCUAGGGUUCCGAUGAAGAGAAAACGUUCCAUCACACGCCAUGAAUCACAGAUACUAGAACCGCAGUCCGAACCGGAAUCUGAGAAGGACUUGAAUAGGAAAAAGAAACCAAAAACAUUUGGACGACAGUCUGUUUUUCUCAACGAUGAACUGGCAUUAGCUUAUGGCAAGCCAAUUGCUUAUGCGGAAUAUCUAAUGAAAGGACUAGGUCGACAUCGAACUAGGGGGAGCUAUACGGGUCCUGUAGGAGAUCUAAGGACAAAGCGUAUUCGAAUUUUAAUUAGGCAGCUGGUUCAAAGAAAGGGAUCCAAUAUAACUUUCGACGACUUAAGAUAUGCCCUAAAAAAUGUAGAUCUUGAGUGGAAAAGGACAGCAGAAAAGGAUUUAAGACGUCAGGUUCGAACCGCCAAAGCGAUCUCAAACCUAUACUACGAAAUUGUGCAGCAAAAGUCUAAGCAACCUAUACCGCCCGCUCUUGGAACAGUCCGAGGAAAUUAUCCAAAGGUUCCAUCCGCUUCAAAAGUUCCCAGAAGGUAUUUGGGUGAACAAGUCCCUGUGCUCUUUUAUGAGCCCUAUGAUCCAAGAAAGAAUUGGACCGGGCAGCGUAGACAUACAAAAAAAAUCCGCUUAAAUUCCAAGAACGAUUUCUCAACAUUAAAGACCAAGCGACAUGUACACACUUCCUUGAAGAAAAAAAUUAAAGCACUUAAAGAUAAGUGCACCAUCAGUGCCAAACGUCAGUCCGGGAAACGUGUGUCUCCUAAAAAAAAGAAAAUUUAAAAAUAAUAUUUUGU